AUGAAUUGGAGCGGGCCAAUUUCCGGUUCCGUUUCCGAUUCUGAACUAAGCGCUUUACAAGCUCAAUGGCGUUCUCAGAGAGCGCUUUCCGGCCCGCGCCUCCUCUCCUGCUCGGAUGACCGUACUGUGCGCGUGUGGCGGCGCCAGCCGAAGGAAUCGCAGCAGACAGCGGCGCUGUCUUCUGCGACGACGGGGAUACCGAGCAUCAUCCGGCCUACUGGGACGGAUGAGGUUUGGGAGGAGGAUGCUGUGCUCCCGCAUGCGCAUGAACUGCCUGUUUAUGCUGUUGCGUGGAGUAAGCGGACUGGGCUUGUUGCUUCAACUGGUGCGGAUGGGCGGAUUGCGCUCUACGAGGAGCGGUUUGUUACGCGGGAGCAGGAGCAGGAGCAGCAGGCUGAUUCGGAUGAUAUGGAUACUACGUCUGGCGAUGUGCUGCGGACGGAGUGGGUCCUUGUCGGUGUUCAGGAUGGAGCACAUGGGAUCUACGAGAUUAAUCAUGUUGCCUGGGCAAAGAGGGCGGACCGGGGGUCUGGGGGUGAGGAGGUGCUUGUUUCGACGGCCGAUGAUGGGAGUGUCAAGGUUUGGACUGUGGCCCGGUGA